CCCUUUCUCUUUCAAAUCCAUUUUUAACAAUAUUUUCAAAGGGCCAUGAAUUUCUGUUAGAUUGCUACUGUCACUGAAUUCCUUAUCUUCUGCUUAAUCAUUACUGCCAUUAUCGUUUGAGUGAAUGCGUGUUCAUUUAUUUGUGUGAUCCAUUUGAUCUCUCGACGUCAUGCCUAUUUCGGCCUCUUCCUCGGCCGCUUCUCUCUUAAGAGGAGCGCUUUCCUCCUACACUCGUACUCGCUUUUUUCCUUCUUCGUUAAGGAAUCUCAAUCCUUCUCUUGUUAACAGAAGCCACCGAUCUGUUGCCUCCGCCGCCGUUCGUUCCUUUCAUUGCUCUCCCUCGAGGUGGAGCCACCGUCUCGAUUGUAGAUCUCCUCUUAGCCUCCGUGCUCAGAUCAGAGCCUUUCAUCCUAUCAUCGAACGGUUUCAGAGGAAGUUCUCUUCUAUGGCUGGUGAACAUCCUUUUAAGUCGGUGUUAACGAGUCUUCCCAAGCCAGGAGGUGGCGAGUUUGGAAAGUUCUAUAGCUUGCCUGCCCUUAAUGAUCCAAGGAUAGACAAACUACCAUACUCUAUCAGAAUCCUGCUUGAAUCUGCUGUUCGUAAUUGUGAUAACUUCCAAGUGAAGAAAGAAGAUGUUGAGAAAAUUAUUGAUUGGGAAAAUACUUCGCCAAAGCAAGUUGAAAUCCCCUUCAAGCCUGCUCGUGUUCUAUUACAGGAUUUUACUGGGGUGCCAGCUGUUGUCGACCUUGCUUGCAUGCGUGAUGCUAUGAACAAGCUUGGCAAUGAUUCAAAAAAGAUUAAUCCUUUGGUUAAAGUAGAUCUUGUCAUUGAUCAUUCAGUUCAAGUUGAUGUAACAAGAUCAGAAAAUGCAGUGCAAGCAAACAUGGAGCUUGAAUUUCAGAGGAACAAGGAAAGGUUUUCUUUCCUUAAAUGGGGAUCCAAUGCCUUCCAUAAUAUGCUUGUUGUUCCUCCUGGAUCUGGUAUUGUACAUCAGGUUAAUCUUGAAUAUCUUGGACGGGUUGUGUUCAACACUGAUGGCGUGCUGUACCCUGAUAGUGUGGUUGGAACUGAUUCCCAUACAACUAUGAUAGAUGGGUUAGGAGUAGCUGGUUGGGGAGUUGGAGGUAUUGAAGCUGAGGCAGCCAUGCUUGGUCAGCCUAUGAGCAUGGUUUUACCUGGUGUUGUUGGAUUUAAGUUAUCCGGAAAAUUAAGAAAUGGUGUCACUGCUACAGACUUGGUUCUAACUGCUACACAAAUUCUGAGGAAGCAUGGUGUUGUUGGCAAAUUUGUUGAGUUUUAUGGGGGUGGUAUGAGUGAACUGUCCCUGGCUGACAGGGCUACCAUUGCUAAUAUGUCUCCUGAGUACGGUGCAACCAUGGGAUUCUUCCCUGUAGAUCAUGUUACUCUGCAGUAUCUCAAGUUGACUGGCAGAAGUGAUGAAACUGUGGCAAUGAUAGAAUCAUAUCUUCGAGCAAAUAAAAUGUUUGUUGACUAUAAUGAGCCCCAACAAGACAGAGUGUACUCAUCAUAUCUAGAAUUAAACCUUGCUGAAGUUGAACCCUGUAUUUCAGGACCAAAGAGACCUCAUGAUCGGGUUCCUUUAAAAGAAAUGAAGUCUGAUUGGAAAUCUUGUCUCAAUAAUAAAGUUGGUUUCAAGGGCUUUGCUGUGCCAGAAGAGGCACAUGGAAAAGUGGCAAAUUUUUCAUUCCAAGGGCAGCCAGCAGAGCUUAGGCACGGCAGUGUUGUGAUUGCUGCAAUUACGAGCUGCACCAAUACAUCAAACCCUAGUGUCAUGCUUGGGGCUGGUCUUGUUGCAAAAAAGGCUUCUGAACUCGGUUUGCAGGUCAAGCCUUGGAUAAAGACUAGCCUUGCACCAGGUUCAGGGGUUGUCACAAAAUAUCUAUUGCAGAGUGGGCUGCAAGAAUAUUUGAAUAAGCAGGGUUUCCAUAUUGUUGGAUAUGGUUGUACAACUUGUAUUGGAAACUCUGGGGAAUUGGAUGAAUCAGUUGCCUCCGCUAUUUCAGAAAAUGACAUUAUAGCAGCUGCUGUGCUUUCCGGAAAUCGUAAUUUUGAGGGUCGUGUUCACGCCUUGACAAGAGCCAACUACCUUGCUUCACCGCCUUUAGUGGUUGCCUAUGCCCUGGCUGGCACGGUUGAUAUUGACUUCGAUAAGGAGCCAAUUGGAACUGGGAAGGAUGGUAAGAGCAUCUUUUUUAAGGACAUCUGGCCAUCUACUAGAGAAGUUGCAGAGGCUGUUCAAUCCAGUGUCUUGCCAGAUAUGUUCAGAAGUACUUACCAGGCUAUUACAAAGGGAAAUCCCACGUGGAAUCAACUAUCAGUGCCUUCUUCCACCUUAUACUCAUGGGACCCCAACUCAACCUACAUUCAUGAGCCUCCAUACUUCAAGAAUAUGACCAUGGAGCCUCCUGGAGCCCAUGGCGUUAAGGAUGCCUACUGUUUACUGAACUUUGGUGACAGUAUCACAACAGAUCACAUUUCUCCAGCUGGAAGCAUCCAUAAGGACAGUCCUGCUGCCAAAUUCCUACUUGAACGUGGUGUGGAGUGCAAGGACUUCAAUUCUUAUGGAAGUCGUCGUGGUAAUGAUGAGGUGAUGGCUCGGGGAACUUUUGCUAACAUUCGACUUGUGAACAAGCUGUUGAAUGGGGAAGUUGGCCCAAAGACAGUACACGUCCCCACAGGGGAGAAACUAUAUGUAUUUGAUGCAGCAAUGAGGUACAAGAAUGCAGGGCAUGACACCAUUGUUUUGGCUGGAGCAGAAUAUGGAAGUGGUAGCUCCCGAGACUGGGCUGCGAAAGGUCCGAUGCUGUUGGGAGUAAAAGCAGUGAUUGCCAAAAGUUUUGAGAGAAUCCAUCGCAGCAAUUUGGUAGGAAUGGGCAUCAUUCCGCUUUGUUUCAAGUCCGGCGAGGACGCAGACACUCUAGGUUUGACCGGACGCGAGCGUUACACAAUAGAUCUCCCAAGCAAAAUAAGCGAUAUAAGGCCCGGCCAAGACGUGACCGUCACGACGGACAAUGGGAAGUCUUUCACCUGCACCGUGCGCUUCGAUACUGAGGUUGAAUUGGCAUACUUCAACAAUGGUGGUAUACUCCCAUACGUUAUCAGAAACUUGAUUAAGCAAUAAACGCAUUGGAUGGGAGCCUCAGCCAGUCCAAGUUUUUCCUGCCAUGAGAUGCAAAUAAAGCUAUAAUAAAUAGCUGAAUUUUCCCCAAUAAUGACGGGGACUUUGUAGUUUCCCUUCCCUCUGCGGGCUUUGUCUGUCAAUAAACAGAAUUAUUUCAUAAAGUUUAGUAUUUUUUCUUUCA